GUCGCCCAAUCGUGGCCCUACGCGAUGCCCAGAAGGGGGGCAGGCUCCGCCAAUCCGCGUGCAGCGAGAGGUGGUGCCUAUUACUAUGGGAACGGGGAACUAGGUUUCGCUACAGAUCUGCUUCAAAGGGGGUGUAUCGGCGAAGAGAGAGGCUGAGAGGAAGGAAGGAAGGCAGGGAAGGGGAAGGGAGGAAGGAAGGCGGGCGGAAAAGAAGCCACCAGGUGCCUGGCAACCGGGCUGCUGUUGCUGGGGUCUCUGUAGGCUGCCUCUCUCUCCUAGCACGCGAGUACACAAUAGGGAGAAGCCACAUCAGCUGGAAGACGCUCAGGAUCUCCCCGUCUCCAUAGCUAUGAAUCACAGCGAGAUAAAGAUAAGAUGGAAAGCUGUUUUCUUACAACAGUGUCUUUUGCUCCUGACCUAUGUUGCUAUUGUGCUAGAAGCAGUGCCUAUAGACAUAGACAAGACAAAGGUAAAAGCGGAAGAACAAGUAGAGAAUGCAAAAAUAGAUAAUCCGGAUACUGGGCUUUAUUACGAUGUGUACCUCAGGCAAGUGAUAGAUGUCCUGGAGACAGACAAACAUUUCAGAGAGAAGCUCCAGACAGCCGACAUAGAGGCAAUAAAGAGUGGAAAGUUAAGCAAAGAACUAGAUUUAGUUAGCCACCAUGUGAGAACAAGGCUGGAUGAACUGAAAAGACAAGAGGUUGCAAGAUUAAGGAUGUUAAUUAAAGCCAAGAUUGAUUCAUUUCAAGAUUCUGGCAUAGACCAUCAGUUCCUUCUCAAACAAUUUGAGCAUCUGAACCACGACAACCCUCACACUUUUGAAGCUAAAGAUUUAGACAUGCUAAUCAAAGCUGCCACAAGUGACUUAGAAAACUAUGACAAGACUCGUCAUGAGGAGUUUAAGAAAUAUGAGAUGAUGAAAGAACAUGAAAGAAGAGAAUAUUUAAAAACACUGGAUGAAGAAAAGAGACGACAAGAGGAAUCUAAGUAUGAAGAACUGAAGAAAAAGCACAGUGAUCACCCCAAAGUUAACCAUCCUGGAAGUAAAGACCAGUUGAAAGAGGUGUGGGAGGAGGCAGAUGGACUGGACCCCAAUGAUUUCGACCCAAAGACUUUUUUCAAGUUGCAUGAUGUCAAUAAUGAUCAUUUUCUGGAUGAGCAGGAGUUAGAAGCCUUGUUUACUAAAGAGCUAGAGAAAGUCUAUGAUCCCAAAAAUGAAGAAGAUGACAUGGUAGAAAUGGAAGAAGAGAGGCUACGAAUGAGAGAACAUGUCAUGAAUGAGGUUGACAUCAACAAGGACCGGUUAGUGACUUUGGAAGAAUUCUUGAGAGCUACAGAGAAAAAAGAGUUUUUGGAGCCAGAAAGCUGGGAGACCCUGGACCAACAACAGCUCUUCACUGAAGAGGAUCUGAAGGAAUUUGAAAGUCACAUUUCCCAGCAAGAAGAUGAACUGAACAAGCAAGCUCUAGAACUUCAGAAAAGGAAAGAAGAACUACAGAGGCAACAUGACCACCUUCAAGCUCAGAGACAAGAACUCCAGCAGGCUGUCCAACAGAUGGAACAGAAGAAGUUACAGCAAGGGCAUCCUCCUUCAGGACCAGGUGGAGAACUGAAAUUCCAGCCACCUGCACAACAGCCAGUUGGAAAUGUUCAAAAUCAUCCUGCGGGAGGCAGUCAGCCUUUACCACCAGGGAGCAUACCAGUACAAGAAACAGCUGCUGGAUCAGAUCAUGUUCAGUCUCACCCUUAACCAUAUGUGCCUCAGAUUUGUACCAUAGAUUUGGGAGAGAAGUGGGAGGGCAUGUGGUCAGAGAAGUAAAAACAAAUUGGGAAUUGAGCUUAAAAUCCCCAUUUCAAAUCAUUGGAUUCAUGAAGACUUUCAAAGGCACAAAUGAUACAAGGCAGGGUUUAUAAAGCUGCUGAUCUUUCAGGUGAGAAGGGUAUAUUAAAAUAUUCUAAUUUUGUAACUAGAUUUAAGGAUAUCAUCCAGAUUUUAUCCUCAGGAAAACAUUAUUGUUUGACUUCAUUGUAAUGUGGCUGUCUAUCAUUUGUGCCUUGGAAAAUCUCCACCUACUUCAUGGUUAAAUUAAAUAUGUUUUAUAAUCUGCCAGAAGACUCACUGAUGAGGGAAAAGUUAAGAGGUACAAAUCUUUUACUUUUUUGGGGGUAAAUGUUCAUGAUGCUGACAGUCUUGAUUGUCGGUGGGUGUAAAGUGGAAGUUUGCUUGAUCAAGACACAAGUCUAUGACAAUAUUUUCCUAAAAGUGCCAACAAUGGAGAGCAGGAAUUUAGGAUGGUGUAGUGAAUGAGGGUGGGUGGUGGGUGUCCCCCC